AUCACAUCUCGCUCAGUUUUGUUGUCGCGUAGAAUCCCGAUGCAACAAAAAGCCAUAGACGGUGAUGGCUGGCUUGACACGGGUGAUCUUGGCUGGGUCGCCCCAGUGUGGAAAACUGGCGCUGCUAGAAAAUGUGGAGGAAUGUUAGUCUUGGAGGGGCGUGCAAAAGAAACUAGUGUUCUCUCAACAGGUGAGAAUGUGGAGCCAACAGAGAUUGAAGAGGCAGCAGUCUUAUUGAUCAAAUCAUGGUUGUCGGUCAGGACCAAAGGCAACCAAGCUUCGCAGGGACGCCAUUUUAAUGCGCUACCGGAACCAAAUCGAUUACCUAUUCAAUAAUACAUUAUAAAUAUGUGUACAAGAAUGACUCAUCAUGCUUAAACCGUAAUAACAAUUUACUAUGUGAAACAGCCAUUUUUCACUUCAA